AUGUGUGAAAAAAAUUGCUUUUCCUUCACUGUCGCUGUAGUGAUCAUGGCAAUCGUCUUAAUUGCCACAUCUGUUCAUAAACUUGAAGCAUAUGAAGUGGGAUUUGAUUAUAACCCAAACUCAGUUAGCAUAAAUGAGGAUUAGCUUUAUACAGAGGGUACCUUCUUCACAGGUCCAGGCCAUUAUUUCAUCACUUUUAUUAAGAAUCUGAGAACAGUAUAAUUCGGUAGUUAGAAAUCAACUACCACCAAGGCUGACAAGCUUAUUGAUUCCUUGGUUUCUAGAACAAAGGACGCCUUGCUAGUUAAUAUUGAGUGCAGUUUUUAAUAUUAGUUAUCGGUUGAUAAAAAUGAUUUGCUUGUCCUUUAUAAAGAUUGGGGUGAUGAGUACGAGGAUGCAUUUAUAGCUGCUGCCAGAAAUAUUCUAAGAAAUGCUAUGGCUGAAUUUGAUGCUUUAUAGGUGUUCUAUGAGAGAUCUAGUAUUGAAGCUAGAAUGAGAACAACGCUUACAGAUAAGUUACUAGUAGAGUAUAGAGUGAGAGUUCAGUCUUUUCAAUUACUAGAUAUAGAUUUGCCAGGCAACUUUUCUCAGGCUCUUAUUGACACUGAGAACUUAAAUCUAAAUGUUCAAACUGUGACCUAUCAAAAAGAUCAAGAGAUAGGAAAGUCUGCAGGAAGAAUUAAUAAAGCCCUUCAAGACGCUAAUGGUAAGUAUUUGUAUUGUAUCAAUUCUUAAUUAGUUAUUGUUAAUAAUGCUCAAGCAUAUGCAUCAAAGGUUACAGCUGAAGGUGAGGCAAAGUCAGGAGCUAUCAGUGCGAAGUUCAAUGAGCAAUCUCAAGUGUUAAGAAACUUAAAGAACUCACUUGAUUUUAGUUAGAAGCAACUUGCAGCAUACUAUUUCUACGAGAUGCUCGACUUCUCCAAGUAUGGCAGUUCCAAUAUUAACAUCGAUACUCCACAGUAUAUCCAGUGUAUUUCAACAGGAACCUGUGUCUGA